AUGGAGGUUGCAGAAGCUGGGGGAGAAGCGAUAACUGACACUGGUUCUUUGUUGAAGAAUGGAAAGGCUUCAAAAGCAAAAGAAUUGGAUAUUCUGCAAAUUAAAAAGGAACCUCUUGAGAAUGAUUCUCGGGUUACUAGUCAUUCAAGUGAUCAUUCCCCUACAAAUCCAAGUAUAAUUAAUAGUGAUUCUGUUAUUUUCUCUCCUUCCUCAUUUCAUUUGGUCAAUUGUAGCCCAUCUACACCAUGUACUAGUCUUCCCGAAUCUGUUUUUUCCAUGUACAACUCUAUGGCUGGUAUUUUUUAUCAUGGUUACUACCAGAUGGAUGAUUCACCUCUAAAUAAUAAAUUAUCUUUGGAGACUCCAGCAGUGUCAAACCGUUUCCCUUCCUCCAUGUUGGCUGCUUCCUCACUUUUAAAAAUGUGUUACCCAAAUAAAAGGGAAAAACCACAUGAAAUAGAUGAUGUUCAUGAGUGUCGAUGGACCAAGUGUAUUAAGAAAUUUGAUAACUUGGAUAAACUUGUCAGCCAUGUAAAUGAGCAGCAUGUUAAAGCUGAACAAUUCUCUGGUGAAUUUAGGUGUGAAUGGGAUGGAUGUCAGCGACUUGGUAAAGGUUUCAAUGCCAGAUACAAAAUGCUUGUCCAUAUCCGAACUCACACAAAUGAAAAGCCUCAUAAAUGUUUACUUUGUGGCAAAUGCUUUUCCAGGUUGGAAAACCUCAAAAUCCACAACAGAUCACAUACAGGUGAAAAGCCAUAUGUUUGUCCUGUAGAUGGAUGUCAUAAAGCAUAUUCAAACUCUAGUGAUCGCUUCAAGCAUGUCCGUACGCACCAAGAAGAGAAACCUUACAUCUGUAAGAUACCUGGAUGUAGCAAACGAUAUACAGACCCCAGUUCCCUACGCAAACAUUCAAACGUUAGCACUCCCGGAUUCAUAUCUGAUAUCCUCUCCACAGAACCACUCCCUUACUUCUGUUCAGAACAAUUAUAUGCCAUUAUCUGGAUUUUUUGCUGA